UCCAGCGCCUUCCAACCCCGGGCCGUGUUCGCGAGUGAAUUCAAAGCAAGGGAAUUUCCAAUAAAAAUCUGGCAUUUAAGCUCUCUCUCUCUCUCUCUCUCUCUCUCUCUCUGUGCAUAUUCUUCGCAUCUCUAGGAAUUCAAAUUCUCACUUGAGCUCUUAAAAUCUUAAAUCUUUUGGAAUUGAACUCUCUCUGGUAGUGAGCGAGCGAGAGCGAGAAAGAGAGACAAUUGAAUUCUGGUGGCGGGAGCCGCGGAUCUGGUUGAGGAAUUUCACCGGCGGCUUGUGCGGUUUUGGACAAUGCUCGUUUGUGAGAGAGUGGGUUUAGAUUCAGUUUUGUGAAGACUUAAGAGUGUGACAGUAAUAGGGGUGAACCAAUGAAGAACGGGAUGAUAGAAUGCAGCGUCUGCCAUUCCAAAUUGGUUUCCCCAAGUGCCAAAACAUUUUCAAGAGCUUAUCACCGACAUAAGAGCAGGGUAUCAUCAAAGCAACGUGCCCUCAACGUCCUCUUGGUUGUUGGUGACUGCAUCCUAGUCGGUUUUCAGCCUAUUUUGGUUUAUAUGUCCAAGGUGGAUGGGAAAUUCAAGUUUAGCCCAGUUAGUGUCAACUUCUUGACAGAAGCUGCAAAGGUUCUAUUUGCAGUUGUUAUGCUUUUGUUCCAGGCAAAGCACCAGAAAGUUGGAGAGAAGCCUCUUCUCUCAUUUUCUACAUUUGUACAGGCAGCUCGCAAUAAUGUUCUUCUAGCUGUUCCAGCUCUUCUGUAUGCUAUCAAUAACUAUCUAAAGUUCACCAUGCAGCUAUAUUUCAAUCCUGCGACAGUGAAGAUGCUAAGCAAUCUGAAGGUUUUGGUGAUUGCUGUGUUGCUAAAGAUAAUAAUGAGGCGCCGGUUUUCUAUACUUCAGUGGGAAGCUCUUGCUUUGUUGCUUAUUGGGAUUAGUGUAAAUCAGCUGCGUUCUUUACCUGAAGGUGCUACUGCAAUGGGCCUUCCAGUUGCAACGGGUGCAUAUGUUUACACAUUGAUCUUUGUAACUGUUCCAUCAUUGGCCUCGGUCUACAAUGAGUAUGCAUUGAAGAGCCAAUAUGAUACAAGCAUAUAUCUUCAGAACUUAUUUUUGUAUGGGUAUGGUGCUAUCUUCAAUUUUCUAGCAAUAUUGGGAACUGCCGUUGUCAAAGGUCCCAGUAGCUUUGACAUCCUUCAAGGUCAUUCUAAGGCAACCAUGCUUCUAAUAUGUAACAAUGCAGCCCAAGGGAUAUUGUCCUCUUUUUUCUUCAAAUAUGCAGAUACAAUCCUGAAGAAGUACUCUUCAACAGUUGCCACAAUUUUCACAGGCAUUGCAUCCGCAGCAAUGUUUGGUCAUACUUUGACUAUGAAUUUUAUGUUGGGAAUUUCUAUUGUGUUUAUCUCGAUGCACCAGUUUUUUUCAUCCCUUUCAAAAGUCAAAGACGAACAGCCGAAUGGGGUGGUGGAACUGAUGGAUGUUCAAGACGACCACAGGUCAAAAGAUUCAUUCAUAAACAUGGCAGCUGGAGCAAAUGAAGAGAUUACUCAUCGUGUAGCACAUGAUGAGAGGCAGCCUCUACUUCCCACCUAGAGUGUAGUCAAGGAUGUUACAUUAGAAAGGAAUUUUCUUGGAAGGAAUUCUUUUGGCAGGACUUAUUGGACCAUAGAGGAGAUAAGUCAAUUGUCAGAAUCACAAAUAAAAAUCAAUUUCAAAGAAUUAUUUUUCGCAUUUGAUAUCCAUUUCCUGCUUCUUUUGUUGGUUCUUCCUACCUGGCUGGAACUGAGUUUCCAUCAUACAGAUCAUCUGGGUUUUCGCUGCUGGAGGCUUAGAGAUUAGCAACAUGGGUAACUGGAUGCCUGCCAUUUAGAAUACCGAUGUUCUAUUAUUAGAUUUACCUUUAUUCUUUAUCUUAGAACAUUUCAUUUUUCCUUUUUGAUUUCCAAAUGUCAUAAUUUUUUAAUCUCUUUAUAGAUUGGGGAUAGGCCACAGUUUUUUAGAAAAAGAAGAGAGAAAUACCCCUUUUUCUUCAUACUGAAACUGAAAAUGAUAUUUAAAUUGUAUUGACUUUACAUUUGAAACAUUCAAUGAUCCAGUUAAAAAAAAUAGUGAUUUUUUUCCGAGCA